CCUCCGCAGAGGGCUAGCAGCUUGCCCAAGACAGCAGCUUCUGGAGGCAUGGGAACUGGCCCGCGCAGUCAGUCCCUACGAGGACCCCGGCCCUCCUAUGGGAAGCUGCAGGAGCCCUGGAGGACACCCCGACUCCGCCGGGCACUGAGCCUCAGACAGGCCCACGAGAAGUCCAAGUCCAAAGGUCUGGAUGGUGGCAUGGAAGGGCUAGACACCCCUACUUCUGAACGGCUGUCGGGGACCCUGGAGGACACAGAGCAGCUGAUCCAAGCCCAGCAAGGAGGCAGCCGGCGGUGGCUGAGGCAGUACGGACAGCAGGUGAAGAGAAGGUGGGACAGCUUCCUCGCCAGUUUCCCCAGUGUGACCUUGAGUCGGCCAGCCUCCGAAGAAUCCCCCACUGAGAACCACCAGCUAGAGAUGUAGGAAGCCCCCCGGGAAUGCCUGUCAGCUGAUCCUCUGCACCUCUGCCUUCCUGGAGGAGGCCUCUGGGUUCAACUCACUAGAUCUCAUGUGGGGUUGCCCCCCGAGGGCCGGCCCUGCUGCCCUAAUAUCUUGGCAUCAAGCCGCACAGGACAGAGCUCUCUGCCCACUGAGUUCGGGAGCCCUUGGACGAUAACACAUAUGAAGAUUUUGGAAGUGGUUCUCCCCCACAAGAUUGGGGACGUCAGUGCCCUUGGCCCCCCACAAAACCAGGCAUUCACUUCCGGGACAGAGUUCAGUGAAGCCAACCCAUGGCUGAGAGGCUCUGGGACAUCACCUGGUCACAGCGCCAAGCUCCACCUGCCCUUCUGGUCACCUGCUUGUGAUGAGCCAGAAUAUGGCGGGUCUAACUUACAGAUGGCGAGCCCUGGAGGGCAAGGACCCCCUCUGGUCAGUCCUCUGUGCUGAGAGGCUCAGGCCUAAAUGUUUCUGCCUUUGGGCCUCAUAGUAUCCCAAUGAGAGAAUUAGGGGAGCCUCCCAUCCCCAUUCAAGAGGGAGAAACAGAGGCCCAACGUGGAUAAAGGGGGAAACUGAGGCCAAGAAAGGGAAGGGAUUUAUUGUUCAUGAUAUCUCUAGCCCAACCCCAACCCCCACCCCAUGGCACCCAAGACGGGGGCUGAACACAAGUAAUAAAG